AUGGCUCCCGUCAUCGCCGCGCUGUGCCUUUCCUUCGUGCUGCCGCUGCCGUUGGAUACCGCCCGGCAUGCCCGUGGCGCCACGCCCGCGCCCGCGUUGAUGGAGGCGGCAGCCACUACCUAUCGGCUGAACAACUACCUGCUGCCGGCGCCGCUGACGCCGCGCAACAACAUGGUACUGGUGAAGCUGCGCAAGAGCGAGGAGGGCGAAACCUCGCGCGGGCUCGUGCUCGCCGCCUCGCAGCGCAAGAUCCGCGACGGCGAGGUGGCGGCUGCAGGCCCAGGGCUGACGCACCCAGAGUCGGGGCAGUUGCUGCCGACGGGGGUGGGGGCGGGUGACCACGUGCUGUGCGAGGAGAUUGUGAUGGAGGGCGAGGCUAUCGACUACCUCGGCGAGAAGCACCGCAUGCUGCCUGACUCACGUGUGGUGGCCACGCUGGAGGGCG